AUCCGUCCCGACCUUUACCCCAGGAAGGAUAUUGUACUUCAACAAUCCUCUUUAGACGGGGGUCAAGGCCGACUUCACACACGACUCAAAUACGACUUCAGAACCUGUGAUUUAGUAGUUCAUUUAAUAGAAGCACAAGACCUUCCCGCCCCCGACCCCGUGUCCGGGAAUUUCAGCGACCCCUACAUCCGGAUCUCCCUGGUCCCGUGUGUGGAUGAAAGAGUCCGACAGUCGUCCGUCAAGAGGCGAACGUUGAAUCCAUACUUCAAUGAAUAUUUCAAGUUUCCCCUUGAUUUUGAUGACUUGAAGGAGAAAACGCUGGUGUUUCAUCUUUAUGAUUACGAUAAAUUCUCCCGCCACACUUCAUUGGGUGAGGUCGAGAUCAGCAUGGCCAACGUGGACGUCAGCAACAGUGUGGAGAUGUGGUGUGACGUCCAGAAACAACACAAGGCAAGUCGUGUUGGAGAGAUACUUAUCUCACUGAGUUACCUCCCUACAGCUGAAAGACUUACAGUGGUCAUCAUGAAGGCUAAAGAGCUCAAACUCUCCACUGCUGCCCCUUCUGCUGAUCCUUUUGUCCGAGUAUCUCUGAUGGUGGAUGGUAAAAAAGUCAAGAGAAAGAAAACAUCAGUCAGACGAGGCUCCAUCAAUCCCGUGUGGAACGAGGCUCUCGCUUUUAACGUUCCUGCUGAAGUUUUGCCUAAAGUUAGCCUAGAAGUCAGUGUCCUUGACCAUGACCUCAUAGGUCACGGCGAGCUGCUGGGUCGCUGUCUGUUGGGUGGGACGGACAAGCCGGGUGAGGAGCAGGGACAUUGGAAAGAUAUGCUGACAAACCAGAGGAAGUCCGUGGCCAUGUGGCACAUUCUACGGAAGUAAAUUCUCAAGUCUUACCCUUCUGCUCCUUCCUUUUUUUUUUCUUGCUCAUUUUCUACAUAAGCAAUUUCUAUCUGGAAUAACUUGUGAGAAGAUUCUAAAACCAGCAUUAUGAAUAUCGUGAAGAUUUUACUGUAAAAAUUCUGUUUCUUUCAGAAAUGGAUAAUAAAUAUAAAAAAAUAAAUGUUUUUUAAUUGCAUAAAGACAGCAUCAUAAAUGGAUUAAAAAGACAAUUCUGUUACUUCUAAAUGAAAAUUGUAUUAAAAGAACACAAUUAGAGCAUUUAUGUUUGAGGCUGGCAUUUGACAAAAUAUAUAGAAACCAAAUUUUUUAUACAAAAUUAUUUUUUUUUUAAAGUUACAUGUUUAUAAAUAUAAUUUAAAAAUGUGUCUUUUAUGUUCAGAAAGAAUUUCAGAAGACAGACAAGCUAUUUAUGGCUGCUUAAUACAAUAACAAACAUACUUGUUUCAAAGUUAUUUAUUUAUUGUGAUUUUGAAUGUUUCUGCUGCUUAUUGUGCAAUCAAUUCUCUGUGUAUGAGUAAAUUGUUGUGCAUUAAAAACUGAUUUAAGGGAACAAUGACAGCCUUAAAGUUUAAAACUGUUGUGAUGUUUGUGUUAGAUUUGUUUUGUUUUUGGUAUCUAGAUAUACUUUGUACUUUUAUAGGUUUAUACGUAACCAAUGGAAACAAUAUUUCCCAUUCCCUGCAGGGUAGCAAUGAGUCUCAGUAGCUUCACUCUGCUUGUAUUUUCAAGAUUGUUAGGGAAUAUUUUGUGUAAUUUUUUUUUUAUCGUUGACGUUACGUUUUUUAUUUUACCUCUUUUUGUUAUGUAAUGUGAGAUGGAACCUGCAUGUAAAAUUUUACUUUUGUUAUUGUUAUAUAACAAUUACAAAUGUUGUAAUGAUCUUGUAUAAUAGUUUCUUUGUAUUGGAAUUGUAAAUAAAAUGAAUUAUUUUUAAAAAAUAUAACUAUUUUAUAUAUUCUGUGCAAUAACUUUCUUCAUUCCUGAAUUGAAUAACUUUGUUUUAUAUAUCAGUUAUAAUUUUUUUCAGCCAACUUAAAUAUUAUUAAGCUGAUUAAAUUUUAAAGACAACUAAGAAUUGCUGAUUUCUGUUCUGACUUUAUAAGUGCUAAAUUUUUUUCAU